UUUCCUGAGAGCCAGGGGGGUGGGGACCCCAGCCCCACAUGGUGACGCUGGGGGCAGGCCCAGGCCUGGGGUGUGGAGGAGCCUCCCUUCGGGCUUCCUGUCUCUCUUCAUUUAAGCACCUCUCUGCAGAAGUCGCAAAGCCCUCUCCCCAGUGGGCUCCUGGUUGCAGAGUCCCAAGGCCUCACAUAGGCACAUCUGUGGGAGAAGCAGAGUGGAAGACAGACAGGAGGCCCUGUCACUUCUGCAGGCUGGGGUCCCUGAUGGCCCAGGCCCCUGCCUACUUCAACAAGGCCACAAUGAACCGGGGAAUCUCUUUUAGGCACCUGCUCCUGGUGCUGCAGCUGGCGCUGCUCCCGGUAGCCACUCAGGGAAAGGAAGUGGUGCUGGGCAGAAAAGGAGACACCGUGGAGCUGCCUUGUAAAGCUUCGCAGAAGAAGGCCAUACCCUUCGCCUGGAAGCACUCAAAUCAGACCAGGAUUCUGGGAAAACAGGGCUCCAGCUCCUUCGAGACUACAGGUCCCUCCAUGAUGAAAAAUCGUGUGGAAUCAAAAAAAAACCUGUGGGACCAAGGAUCCUUUCCCCUGGUCAUCAAGAAUCUGGAGAUGAAAGACUCAGGGAGUUACAUCUGUGAAGUGGAGGACAAGAAGGAGGUGGAACUGCUGGUGUUCGGACUGACGGCCAACUCGGGCACCCGCGUGCUGCAUGGGCAGAGCCUGACGCUGACCUUGGAGAGUCCCCGUGGUAGCAGCCCCUCAGUGCACUGUAAGAGUCCAGGGAAUAAAAACAUAAAUGGGGUCAGUCUCCUCUCAUUGCCCCAGCUGGGGAUCCAGGACAGCGGCACGUGGACAUGCACCGUCUCCCAGGACCGGCAGACACUGGCAUUCAAAAUACACAUCUCAGUGCUGGCAUUCCAGAAGGCCCCCAGCACCAUCUACAAGAAAGAGGGGGAGCAGGUGGAGUUCUCCUUCCCACUCACCUUCGAAGAGGAAAACCUGGAUGGCGAGCUGAGGUGGCAGGCGGAGAGGGCUUCCUCCCCUAAGUCCUGGGUUACCUUCUCCUUGAAGAACAAGGAGGUGACUGUGCAAAGGGUGACCCAGGACCCCAAGCUCCAGAUGCCCAAGACGCUCCCGCUCCAGAUCACCCUGUCCCAGGCCCUGCCCCAGUAUGCUGGUUCUGGAUACCUGACCCUGGUUCUUGCCAAGGGACAGCUGCACCAGGAAGUGAAGCUCGUGGUGAUGAGAGUGACUCAGCUCCAGAACAAUUUGACCUGUGAGGUGCUGGGACCCACUUCCCCUAAGCUGGUUCUGAGCUUGAAGCAGGAGAACAAGGAGGCAAAGGUCUCAAAGCAGGAGAAGGCCGUGUGGGUGCUGGACCCUGAGGAAGGGAUGUGGCAGUGUCUACUGAGUGACGCGGACCAGGUCCUGCUGGAAUCCAAGCAGGAGGUUUCGCCCCAACGGUUCCCUCAGGUGCAGCCAAUGCUCCCGAUUGUGCUGGGUGGCUCCGCAGGCCUGCUUUCCAUCGUGCUUGGCAUCUUCUACUGUGUCAGGCUCCGAAGGCGCCAGGCACAGCGGAAGUCUCAGAUCAGGAGACUCCUCAGUGAGAAGAAGACCUGCCAGUGUCCCCACCGGUUCCAGAAGACACAUAACCUCAUUUGAGGUCCGAGGCCAGAGGGGUUGCCCACUUGCAGCCUCCCAGGCUGUCUGCCCCGCGUUUUGGGCUCAGGGCCUGCGGACCAGAUGAAUGUAGCAGAUCCCAGGCCUCUGGCCUCCUGCUCCCCCUCUACAAUUCCCCAUUGUUUCUCCACUCUGUUCCCAACCCUGGCUGAGGCCCCGACCUCACUGGCUGAAUCUUGCUCCUGAGCCUUAAUCAUGCGAUUCCUUUCCCAUUUCCUUUUCGUUCAAGCCCUAGCCCUUCUCUGAUUAUUUCUCUUUGACCCUCUCCCCCACUGCCCACUCGGAUCCCAGAGCAGUGCACAGGGCCAGCCCCGCCUGGCACGGAGGGCAGGGCUGGGUGUCUGCAAGCAUGGAGCACAGGACUGUCACUUUACAGGAGAGAACACUGUGAGCGAAGAGGCCCGGAGCUUGCCCAGGAUCACACAGCCAGUCAGGGAAGGGUGGGGAUCCAAAGCGCCUCCUGACUGCCAGCCCCAUGCUGCCUGCUCCUCAGCCUGACUUGGCAGGGCCACAGCCUCACGUCCUGACCUUGCACAAAUGGGGCUCCCGACACACCCCGAGCACACAGCCACACACUUGUCACAGACGCAAUUCCUUAUCACCCAAGCAGCACAUCUGAGUAUUUCUAACCUCUGUCUAUUCAAACCUUACAAGAAUCCCACAAGGCUGGCAGUGACAGAACGGAGAUUAUCACCUGCAGGCCCCAGGCCAGAAAAGGGAGCUGAGAGGGCUGGAUAAUUGCUUCCCACGGCCACAGGGCUAGCAAGUGCUGGGUCAGGACCAACCCCAUCUCUCAGCCCCUAGUUCCCUGCUGCCUCUUGAGUGCAGACACAGAUACCACACAGAUCUCCAUGGUGGCUCCUCACAGGACCCAGUAUGCACCCUUGGCUUCACAGGAGUGCCCCACCCCCAGGGAGGGCCUGUGUCAGAGAACUCACGCAUGGAAGAAGGCCUGCCUGCCUAAAAAGCCUCUUUCAUCGCCUGCUGGUGGCAGAAUCCUGUUACCAGAGUACAAAGCUUUCCGUUCUGCUAAUCAGAGCACAGGCUGAGAGCAGAGGCCCUGCAGGAGAGAAUGCCCAGUGACCAGCCACUCACCCUAUACAGAACCUUCUGGAAGUGACUGCUGGAGGAGGUGGGGAGCUAGCCAAAGCUGGGACUCAGUGCUCUGGCCUGUACCCUCCUCCAAACCACUAGGGACCCAGGGCAGCCAGGGUUACAAGUCAUCUUCUUCCUCCUCUCUUUAUCAUUUCUCUCAUCAUCCCCCCCCCAGCCUCCUCUGCCUCUCUCUCCCUUCCCUUCCUCACCACCUCCCUCAGUCCCAACCCCUUUUCCCGGUUCCUUUCUCCCUCUUUCUCCCCAGCUUGCCUCUUCUAGAAAGACCACCCAAUGCUGCAAGGGCCCCCACUGCUCACUUUGCAAUUCUGCCCAUUCCCUACCCUUGCUUCCCUGAGCUGAAAGAAAAAUACAAUAAACUUACUAUAAAGAAGUUGAAAUGCCCUUCAUUUGUGUGUGUGUGUGUGUGUGUGUGUGUGUGUGUGUGUGAAACACAGAGAGGUGUGGAGACUUCUCUGGAAACCAGAAUCUUCUGGUCUUUGGGGUCUGGGGUCAGAUCCAAAGGAGGGGUUGGGAGGCCUGUCCCAGGAAGGAGAUGAAGUUUCUCUGGGGCGGGAAAAUUUCCUGGAGGCUGAUUGCCCACCUGGACACACUGGGCUCUGUGUGGGCCCUGUGAGUGUGAGGCUAAGACUGCAAUUACACUGUGGGAGGGGUGUGCGCUCUCCUGGAGUGUGUGUGUGUGCGUUGGGGAGGACUACA